GUUUCGAAAGGAUCACUUCUCAUCGCUGCCGUCAUUUUAUGGCAUUAUUGGUUAUGAGAUAAGUGAAACAUAGCUUUUUAUAGGUGGAUAAGGUUUGAUUGAUUAUCAGUGUGAAACGGAAGUUUAUUCCUUUAUCCAAAAAUGGCAAGGACAAUCAGUGCGGGAGUGAUAGUGCUUGUACUGUGUAUUUUGGGUAGUACUAACGGUCAAUUGGUUGAUAGGAUAUGCGCGAGCUCCAAGUUUUCCGAACAAUGCCUUCAGCUUCAACGGGGCAAUUCGGAAGUGGUAUGCGUCACCGUUCAGGACAGUAUCGAGUGCGCCCAACGGAUUCGUAAUGGCACCGCCGAUAUGGGAAUCUUCAGCGCGGAAAGCAUGCUGCAGUUGGCCACGCUCGCUUGGGGUGAAAUCACCGUUGUGAAGGAGCUCCGACACCAGGAGAGAACGCGCGAGACGGUUGACUUCCGUUCGGUGGUGGUGGUGUCCUCUCGGCAUCAGGGAGGAGUCGAUGGGCUGCGUGAUAAAAAGUUCUGCCAUCCGGGAUUGCACUACGGUCGACAGCAACGGUGGAGUGAACUGUUCCUGAAGCACUUUGAACGGAUGGUCGUUCCUGCCGACUGUACGGAUCUUUUUAAUGCAGCGGAGAUCGAAACGGCAGCGCUGUCCAAGUACUUCCAGUCUGCCUGUCGGCCGGGCAAGUGGUCCAAUGUACCCCAGGAGGAUGCGGAAUUGAAAUCGAAAUACCCGAAUCUCUGCGACCUGUGCCAAAAUUCAAACCAGUGUACGUACGACACAUCGACCACAUCGAACCACCGUGCAGCGCUGAAUUGCCUCCGGUCCGGUGGAGACGUCACCUACGUAUCCCAACAGGACGCGAUCGAGUUCUUCGAUGCCAACAAUGACAUUGUCAACGAUUAUGGUUUCCUGUGUCCCAAUGGAACCAUUGAGCCAAUAGCCGGAAACAACAGCCCAUGCUCUUGGCUCACCCAGCCUUGGCCGGUGGUGAUAUCUACUGCUAACCGGGCGGUUGAAAUUUCCUCUCGAAUUGACCGUUGGUUGAGAGGUGUAACCGGUUCGGCAUGGGAACAGGCUAUCCAGGAAAUCAUCAAUCAUGACAGUCGCACAGCCAUUUCGGUUGGAUCGAUUCAAGCCCCGGUGGACUACCUUCGUCCGUAUCGUCAACUGCCGAUUCCGUCGGAUCUGUGCCAAACUACUUCCCGUUGGUGUACGACGUCACCGGAGGAGAAGGACAAGUGCGACGUCCUGAGGACGGCUGCCCUCACGAGUGGAAUUUUCCCCACGAUAGAGUGUAUUGAUCCCACCACUAGUCGGAUGACCUGUUUGAAUGAAAUUGCCAACAACCGAGCCGAUUUCACCGGAAUCGAUUCGAACUAUGGAUAUCUUGCGAGGCAUCCAUUCAACCUAACGGCGGCGAUGUUCCAGGAAACGGAAAAGGAAAAGUACUCUUCGGUGGUGGUGCUGGUUCGCGCCGAAAGUCGGUUUACUCGUUUUGAAAACCUACGUAGUGCGAGGGCAUGUAUUCCAGAGUUUGGAGGAAUUGCAUCUAUUGCGUUCAUCAACGUGGGUAAAACUCGUGGCAUCUUUGAUCCGCAUGAAUGUGACUACGGACGUUUGUUGGGAAAUUUCUUCAGUGACUCGUGUGCUCCAGGUUCUCGUGACAGUCUGCAUGAUCCUCGAGGGGAGAAUCCGGAAUCGCUUUGUGCGUUGUGCCAUACUCCCGCCAGGCCACAAGAUCCAGUGCCACUGGCCGCCAGAGAUGGCGGUGACGAGGAAGGAGAAGAAGAUUCGACCGAUGUACCGGAUGAUGUGGAAGAUCAACCAACAGGAAUUCAGGGCAAGAAUGAAAUUGUAGUGACGGUUGAUAGGAACGUAAACUGCGCGGCUAAUGUUAAUAAUCCCUUCUACGGAACCCGUGGGGCUUUGAACUGUCUUGCCACUCAGGGAGAAGUGGCCAUUGUAGAAAUUCAGAACCUGGCAGAGCAUGCUCGAGCUUUGAACAUCAAUCCAAACGAAUAUCGAAUUCUUUGCAGAAACGGAUCUUUGGCUGCCUAUACCGGAUUCCAGGUAGAUGAAGACUGCUACCUUACCACGAUCGUCGACGGUGAAAUUGUCGUCAGGCGUCAAUCGUCCAAGACAGCCGGCAUUAUUAACGCCCUAAGCUCGUUGGAUGUUUAUUUGCAAAACGAUCCGGACUUCCGCAUGUACAACAUCUUCGGAGGUAUGAAGAAUCUACUGUUUGAAGAUUCGGCCUUGGGACUGGUCUCUCCACAACACGCCGAACUCGGUCAUGCUGUUCAAAACUACAUUCGUCUGUUCGAGAACAUUGAAGACUGCACCAGUGCAGGCAUCAGCACUACGACCGUAGAUCCUAAUAAUGGUGCCAUUUUUACCAUCAAUAUUUUUAUGGCAAUCCUGUUCACACUGUACAACAUCAUUCGAGGAUAAGUCACGCAUCAGGGUAGGUAGUUCUUUCACGAAUGAUCACACAGCAUUUUUUUUUUUCAAAAUUCAUCUAACUGUACACAAUUGUAUUAUUUUUAAAGAGAAGAGCGUGAAUAAACUUAAUACGAUCCUUAAA